GCGAUUCUUUGCCCUUACAACGCUACUAUAAACUCUAUCAACGUAACUAUUAUUUCUUUAGUUCUAGGUCAGGAAUUUCGAUAUCUCUCUAUUAAGAAAGUAGAAAACCCUCCUAACACCAAAGAUCUUAACGCUCCUAUAUUAUCUCCUAAUUUUUUAUUUUCUUUAGACUUCGCUUCUAUUCUACCUACUAUCCUAACCUUAAAGGUUAGAGCCCCUAUUCUUUUACUUCGAAACCUUGACCUUAGUAGUAGGCUCUACAAUGGGACUUAG